AUGGUUUUUUCGGGCCGAGAGUUUCGUUCAGAGACACGUGUCCAUGUUGAAGAUCUUCCCAGUGAUCGCACAUUAAUGGAGCAACAGCUUUCAGAAUUCGGUCUCCAGUCAUUCAUGGACACGAUUACCUAUGUAACUGAUAGAGGCGCGAACUUCCUCAAAGCCUUUCGAUCAAAUAAGGUUCUCCUUUGCGUCGUACAUCGAAUGAACAAUGUUCUAAAGCGGUGCUUCUAUCAAAAUCCAAGCAAGAAAUCGACUCAUUCGCCGGACAAGUUGGUUCAUACGACAACAAGCAGCGAAGCGACACCUGUGAAAAUGAAAACCAUGACAACCGCAUGUCCUACUGCAUCACCAGAGAUCGAAGAAAGUAAUUUCAAAAUUGACGAAGAAGAAUCAGAAUCAGAGGAGGACGAAACAGACGAUGAUUGCGAUUAUACAGUAACAACGAUUGCUCAAUUACCAGUGAGUGCUGGAGAGUUUCUCGAUACCAUCAAGCAUUGCAAGGCACCCGUUCGAUACAUAAAGAAGGUCUGGAAUGAAAAGUAUAAAUUUGAUGAAGCAUUUCUCUUUUUUCCCUCCAGGCAAGCAUGA